ACAAAGACACGGCCGAUCUCAAGUCUGCUGUAUUGAUUGUAUUGUCACAGCUGUGUCGCUAAAACAAACAAACAUAGUCGUACCAGUUUUCUUCCACAUAUGAAGACUUAGAAACAGAGUUCAAUGUGUUAACCAUCAACUGGAACCUUUCGGAGCAGAGGAUGAGCAGUCCCCGCUGCUGCCGCUAGGUGGCGAUGUUUAGCACCUAGCAAGCAGGAAGUUAAAUAACAUCCACAUCACAUCCGUGAACCACAACAGCAACAAAAGGUCUGAGGCAUUCCUACCAAAGUUCUGCUCAGACAGUCUGUAGAUGCCCUCUGGAGCGCCAACGGGGGAGAACUGUCUUGUCGACAUGGACAGCAAGGCUGGAGAUAUGUUCAUUGCUGAGGCUGCUCAUCCAACGGGCACGGGUGGAGCUGGAAUCUUGGCACGGCUCUGGCUCCCCAAAGGCCUCUCACCCAGUAUGGCUAAAGAGUGGAUUGACAGGCGUCGGGCGUCCAUUCGACCGUGGGCCAGCUUCGUGGACCAACGCAAGUUUUCGAAACCCCGCAACUUUGGAGAGUUCUGUCAGAGGGUGGUAAAAAACGUGGACACUUUCAACAGCAACUACACCUUCAUCUUCCUGGGUCUCAUCCUCUACUGCAUUGUCAGCUCUCCCAUGCUACUGAUUGCCUUGGCUGUGUUUGCUGGUGCCUUCUACAUAAUUCACCUCAAGUCCCUGGAGUCCAAACUGGUUCUCCUGGGCAAGGAGCUGAAUCUCCCUCACCAGGCGGGUCUGGCUGGAGCCAUUUCUCUACCUGUGUUCUGGUUGGCCGGAGCUGGAGCUGCAGUCUUUUGGGUUCUAGGAGCGACGCUGUUUGUGAUUGGCUCUCACGCUGCGUUCCGUGAGCUGGAGCCAUCUGAUCUGGAAGAGCUCUUCAUGGAGCCCGUAUGAAGAGCAGCGUGAACCCUCAGUCAUCACUUUUACCCUGUUAUCACGUUAGCCCAGAGGGGUUGAGGAAGGACUGCUCCUAGAUCUGUUCCUUAGCUAUGCGUGUGUCCUGUAUUCCCUGUAUUAGAAUUCACCUUUUCUUGCCUCUUAAAUAGUUCUUGUUACAGACUCAUUCCUACACAUUACCUUCCAUAUGCACAGAAGAUUCAUUUGUUAAUAAGUAUUGAAGCACAUUACCAUACACAUGAUUUGCCUUUCUCUACAUAUGUUAAACCUCGGAUGCCUCUGGUUUGUUUCAAAUAUUCUUUUGCUUCCUGCAACGUCUCAUAUCAACUGACAUAUCUUUCAACUUAUUAGUCUCUGCUGUAGAUAUCCAAAACAUCGGACAAGAUGGCUGCUUUCUUAUGUAAAGAUAAUGUAUACAGUAAAUGCAUUGUUUGCAAUUCUAAACUGUUAUGAAAAAAGAUUAAUUUUCCAAAGGAAAAGUGCCGUUUAAAGCUUUAAGAUGAUCAUGCACAAAGAAAAAUAAAGGUUACAAAAACAAAUUUGGUACCUCAGAUAGUGUACUUAACCUAGAUAGGUUGAUGAGACGACAUCUUAAAAGGUCAGUACAUAGUAAUAGUGUUUUUUAUUGGCGAUAAUAUGGUACUUUGGUGUCUGUAUGCAUAUUUGUCAGAACUGUUUGCAACAUUCAGAUCUGAAGGCUACUCCGUAAACCUUAAAUCUUUCUUUUUUUUGAAAUUCAUUAUUCAUAUGUUUACAUUGUGAUGUCAUUUGGGUGUUUUUGUAUUUAAAUUCUGGAAGUGCAAUAAACCCCUGAUGUAAAGA